CGCGGCGGCGCAGGCGCGGGGCUGCGGCGCGCGGCGAUGGCGGCGCGGGCCGGGAGUCUGUGGCUUUUGCUGCUCUGGCUCUCGGCGGCGCCGCUGCUCCGCGGCGCCCGCGGGUCGGAGCCCGUCGGGCCGGCAGAGCCGUCGGGCGGCGCGGGCCCCGGGGAGCGGUUUAAGAUCGAGGGCCGGGCCGUGGUGCCCGGGGUGAAGCCGCAGGACUGGAUCGCGGGGGCCCGGGUGCUGGUGGACGGGGAGGAGCACGUCGGCUUCCUGAAGACAGAUGGAAGUUUUGUGGUUCAUGAUGUACCUUCAGGAUCUUACGUAGUGGAAGUUAUAUCCCCCGCUCAUAAAUUUGAUCCCGUGCGAGUUGACAUAACUUCAAAAGGCAAAAUGAGAGCAAGAUAUGUGAAUUACAUCAAACCCUCUGAAGUUGUCAGGCUGCCAUACCCACUCCAGAUGAAAUCUUCUGGACCACCUUCAUACUUUAUAAAGAGAGAAUCUUGGGGAUGGACAGAUUUUCUCAUGAACCCUAUGGUGAUGAUGAUGGUUCUUCCAUUACUGAUAUUUGUGCUUUUGCCUAAAGUUGUCAACACCAGUGAUCCUGAUAUGAGGCGGGAAAUGGAGCAGUCAAUGAACAUGCUGAAUUCCAACCAUGAGCUGCCAGAUGUGUCUGAAUUCAUGACAAGACUUUUCUCUUCAAAAUCUUCCAGCAAGUCUGGUGGUAGCAGCAGUAAAGCAGGGAAAAGUAGUUCUGGAAAAAGGAGGUAGUUAAGUUUUCCUCCUAAGUCUGAAUUUGCAUAGCUGUUUGUUACCAUGUGGUGUCAUGUUUAUUUGUCUUGGAAGAUCAAAAAGCCACUACUGUAAACUUUAACCAGGCACAACAACAUAUGUUAUGAUACAAGUGUGGUUUGUAGCUUUUUUUAGACUGUAUAAGCUGUUUUGUACUUGACAGUAAGCAAAAGAUGACAUGGCAUGUAUCUGUAUAAAGUUAUUGAUGACAUUGAAUUAACUAUAUUGUUCUGUAGAGAAUUAAAAUAAAUUAUACAAUGUGCUUCACAGUAAUAAAUAUCUCAAGACAAUGUAUAAAAAAAUUUCAAAGAUAAUAGAAGUGGAGUUCAGUUUUAAGAUGUCUUUAAUGUUUUGCACUUGUUGAGUUCCAAAAUGAACAAAAUCAUCCUUUCAAAAUGGAGUUGUGAGUUCACUGGGUAAGUAAUUUGCUGUAUCAUCUUGUCACAUGUUACAUAUAAAAUCAUUUUAUUUUA